UCACAUGUCAUUCAGCUGGUCUUAGUGAGGGGUCCCCAGUUUGUUUUCUAUUUUGAACCGUGACGUUUGAGCCUAGUAUGUUGUGUAAUGCUACGUCAUCACCAUCCAAAGUACUUGGUUGUAGUGGAGAAAACAACAGGUGGACUCAGUGCUGAAGGGAACCAGAUAAUAGGAAGGGAGACAGGGUUAGAGAUUCGGUUUCGAGCUUUCGUCAGUCUCGCGGUUGAUGGGAACGUCAGAGAAGAUGGUUCCCGGGGCCGAGGAGUGGAACCUCUCUUUUGCAGGCUGCGGAUUCAGGAGUGUUUACUAUGUGGGAGCUCUGAGCUGUAUCUUGGAGCGGGUCCCGUGGCUGGUUCACGGCGCCUCUAAAAUCUGCGGGGCGUCUUCGGGUUGUCUUGUGGCCGCAGCUCUGUGUGUGGGGAUUCCUAUUGAGUUAUGUGUUGAUGUUCUGACUACGGCGAAAGAGGCCAGAAAACACACUCUGGGAGUUUUCCACCCGACCUUCAGUCUGCUGCGGACCGUGCGGGACUCCCUGCUGGUCAAGCUCCCAGAAGACGCCCACCUCCGAGCCUCCGGGAAGCUCUGCGUGUCCCUCACCAGACUGGUCGACGGGGAGAACGUUUUGGUGUCAGAGUUCGACAGCAGGGAGGAGCUGAUCCAGGUUCUCAUGUGCAGCUGCUUUUUCCCCGUUUACUGUGGUUUCAUCCCACCUUCGUACCGUGGAGUGUUCUACAUGGACGGAGCUCUGAGCAACAACAUGCCCCUGUUCGAGCAGAGAAACACCAUCACUAUGGCCCCGUUCUCAGGCGAGACUGACAUCUGCCCCAGAGAGGGCACAUUCAACUUCUUUGACGUCCACUACGGCAACGUUAGCAUUCAAGUCAACACCGGCAACGUGCAUCGUGUCUGUACGUCCUUCCUCCCUCCUCCGCUCGAGAAGCUGGCUGAAAUCUGCCACAACGGCUACAUGGACGCGCUUCGUUUCCUGAAAGAAAGAGACUGGGGAGCGCAGUGCAUCCCCCACCGUGUUGUGGUGGAGGCAGGUGGAGCCAAACCUCCUUGUUGUGAGCUGGUGAAGGAGCUGUGUCAACUAGAAGACUGUGGGACGAAGAAGAGGAUGCUCAACGGACAUGUUCCUCAUCAGGAAGACCAUCUGUGGCUGGACCACAGAGUCAUAGAGAACCUCCCAGUGGCCAUCAAGAGAGUGUUGUGCGAGGCGUGCAGGGACAGUCGUGAUGGUGGCAGCUGGUCAGCGUGGUGCACAGACUUCCUCCUGGUGAAAGCGGUUAUGUAUUUACUGACCCUCCUCAUCCUGCCCGUGGAGGCGACCUUCUCACUCACCAAAAGCGUGAUAUUAUCUGGAUCUGCGGCCGUGUGCAGACUGCUGGCUUCGUCUGAAAAUUUCUGCAAGCAGACCGGGAACAUCGAAGGUGAUAAUCACUCCAGCAGAGUGUCUCGGGAGCAGAUCUGCAGCGUCACGUCCUCUGGUUCACGCCGCCGUGACCACUCAGCAGGUGACAGAGAAAUUCCAACUUUGGCCUCAAGAAGAAUCUUGAGCUUCAACAAACAUCUCCACUGGGACAGCAACAGUAACCUGGACCUGCUCUGCUUCAUCUCGACCGACACGGAUUCACCUGCACGCGGCAAGGUGACGUUAAACACGGAAGUAAAUGACGACACCAUCAACUGUGAGCGGGACAGAAGGAAGACAAUUUAGAGAUGCAAAUAACCACUAUAGUUUGAGCACUUAAGCUGCAGUGAACUCAUUUAAAUUAAUAUAUUUUUUAUGUGUUUGCAUCCAUUUAACAAGAAAAAAUAAAUAAAUAUAUAUUGAGAUCAUGACCAAAACUAUAGUUCUGUUCAGACAGACCAAAACAGCCUGAUGAAAUUGAGUGAAUGCUUUAAAAUGUGCCUGCCAAAUACUUUGAUUAUGAAUAUUUAUUGUCCAUUUAACUUAAAGUCAGUUAUGUGAAGAUGCGUUCCUCUGUGGCAUUGCCAAAUCUUUUAAUCUACCUCUGACGUCGUGAUGUUACAUUCUGUAUGAGUGCUUGUUGUUGCUUGUUCUUUUGUAUGCUGGUUACUUGUUUCUUUUUGUUGUUACUUCUCCAGAAAUUAAAAUAAAAAUCUCAUGCUCACAAA